AAAGUGUGGUUUUGAUUCAUAUUUUUCUCACCUCCCACACAUUUCUCGGUAAUCUGUUCUGUGGCGCUGAGGGAAAGAGCUUGCGACCGCCUGCCUCUGACGUUCCUCAGAUGUAGCCUAAAAAGUGGCACUUGUGUGAUACAGCAGCGUUACUUUCAGAUUGGUAAAAAAAAGAAGCGAUUGUUUCUUCAGAGCACUGACAAGAGUUGCUACCAAGGAACCUAUGGACUCAUACCAUCAGACAGAGCGCGCGCAGCCUAUUAGUGGAGCGAUAAGAGCUGAGUGGGAGGAAUGGCCUUUGUGUUGAAUCAACCUAACCAUGGGUCUCACAGCCUGGUAGUGUGUGGGUGCUACUACUAACAGAAAGGAAAAUGGCAUGUGGAUGUGGGCCAUGUCUGCCAUGACGAUCAACAUGUCCAAGUCGGACUACAUUAACUGCACCAUCAGCCAUGAGAUCCAUCAGUACCUGUUCUCUGGAGCCUACAUCCUGGUCCUUCUGAUCGGCGUGCCCACCAACGCCUUCUCCCUCUACCACGCCUGGCUGCAGCUGAGAGCCAAGAACGAGCUGGGGGUCUACCUGCUCAACCUUACCGUGUCAGACCUCCUCUACCUGGCCUCGCUGCCUCUCUGGCUGCAGUACAUCUUCCAGGGAGAUGACUGGAGCCAAGCGGAGUGGCUGUGCCAACUGUGUGGCUUCCUGCUCUAUGAAAACAUCUAUAUUAGUAUUGGGUUCUUAUGUUGUAUCUCUAUAGACCGUUACCUGGCCGUGGUGUACCCGUUCCACUUUACAGCAUUCCGGAGCAUGCGGGCGGCUACGUUGGCCAGCGCGUUCAUCUGGCUGAAAGAGAUUGCUGUGGGCGUGGUCUUUUUCAGACACAAGGAACUAAGCACUGACCACACCAACCAAUCGGUUUGCUUUGAGCACUACCCCAUGCAGCCGUGGGAGUACCCAAUUAACUACUACCGUUUCUCCGUUGGCUUCCUGUUCCCCCUGGGCAUCCUGUCCGUGUCAUAUUUCAGAGUCCUGCGGGCGGUCGGAAAGAGCACGGGCACUCAGAGCGCCCAGAAGACCCGCAUCAAGCACCUGGUGACCAGCACCAUCGUCAUCUUCCUGGUGUGUUUCUCUCCGUACCACGUAUUCCUGCUGCUGCGUACUGUCUUUGAGAGGGACUGCCCCUUCAUCAUCAGCAUCUUCAACUACUACCACUUCUCCCUGCUGCUCACCAGCUUCAAUUGUGUGGCCGACCCAGUGCUGUACUGCUUCGUCAGUGAGAGCGCCCAGCAGGGGAUCCAGCAGGCCCAGGAGGCCUGUACCCAGGCCCUCUGCUGCUGCUACCACAGGGGACAGCACAGCUCUGUCACCGCCACCGCCACGGGGACAGACUCCAACGAGGUGGACACCUUCAACGAGAAGGGGACAACAACCGUCACACCGCUGACACAGAACCAGAUGAUCUAGCAGUAAUAUAAAUAAUACAAGGGUUUUAUAAAGCUCUUUGGAAGGACCUAAAGAUGCUUGAAUAGUAGUCUAGGAGCUGGGACCAGAUUUGGAUGAGGGAUGGAGGAAAAAUACUGACAGUGACAUGGAACAUUCUGCAAUGAGAUGAUGUCAUAACAAACGUGUUAUAGCAGUGCUAUAACAGUGUUAUAAGGUAUACGUCAAUAUACAUAUCAAUAUAAUGUUUUUUUGUUUUUAAUGUUACAAUUUGUUCUAUUUUGCUUUAACAUGUGCAGGACACGUGUAUACAUGAUGCUGCCUUGUGUAUAAGCCUGAGUUCAAAACUAUCUCUGUAUAGGCUGGCAAAUUUCUUCCUGCAACAUUUGAAUGUUUCUAUCGCUCAUCACAUUAUUUCAUAUUAAUUCUCAGGAUUUUAAAUCCCAGAAGGUGAUUUCAGGAGUGACUGACUUCAUACCUAUCAGCACAGCUCAGACAUAUCAACACAUGACCUAACGUAUCUCUUACUUAUUACCUAACUUAUCUCUAUCGUAGGUCCUCUGGGAUUCUUGGGUUAGGGUUAGAUUCUUGCUGCUCAAUAUCUGUGAAUUGCUCACAGUUUCAGGGGUAUGUAAAGGAUUCCUCAACUCAGAAUCAUAAAUUACACUGUGUGGAGAGCAUAAACAAAAAUACAUACAAACAGUGAGCUCCAGAAGUAUUGGGACAGUGACAAUUUCUGUUGUUGUUUUGGUUCUGUAAUCCAGCACUUUGGAUUUUAA